AAAAAAAAUUAGUUUGUUUUUUGCUAAAUAAAUAACACAAACAAUUUUGGGGUGUUAAAUAGAUUUUUAAUGUUCGAAUAAACUGUUUAAACGUCAUAGGACUUGUAGCCCCUGUGUGGGACCGUAACUCCUGUAUUCGGUGUUAUUACACAGCAAUAUUUGGGGUGGCGCGCCUGUCGCCCGACUGUUUUGCUAGUCGGAAGCAUCUGAGCAGAGAUGGCAAUAGAACCGUAGCACUGUGGGGCCUGGACGGUUACCGACAACCGAGGUGAGAGUCAACCGCAGACAGGAAGGAAGGUGCGGAGCAGCAAACAAGUGGAAUCAUGGGACACGGAGUGGGCUGAACCAGAGGGGCUAGCAAAACACAUCAGUCGUGAGCUUCUCACGGUGGCAUAUGACAUGGCCACGGCCUCAUCCAGAGCAGAGACUAGCCCUAACCACAGACACACGUCACAGCUCCAUGCCAUCAUUUCCUGUGCCAAGCUUAAGCGGAAGAAGACGCUGUUCGGGGCGGCCAUUUAUGUGGAGGCGACAGCGGAGGGAGAGUCGCGCCGCACGGCCAAAUCUCACAGCUCAUCCAGCCCCAAAUGGGACGAGAGGCUCACCCUGAAAGUUACACCCCACACAAAGGUGGAUUUCAGAGUAUGGAGUCACCAUACGCUGAAAGCGGACGCUCUGCUGGGCAAAGCCACGCUGGACUUAACUCAAGCUCUGGAGCAGCAUGACAGAAGAUUGGAGAAUGCAAAAGAGGUGCUGAAGCUGUGUGCCGAGCAGAAGGGGGCGGUCGUGCCUAUGGGGGAGCUAACAGUGUACCUUGAUGGACUGACCGUCACUGACCAGGAUGAGCUGGUGCCCCUCACCAAUGGCAACACUGCAAACGGCACCAGUGAGCUCAGUGUUUGUGUCAGGGAGGUCCAACAGAAUGGUGAGGCCAUCCAUGAAAACGGAGACUCCUCCUCCUCGUCCUCAAGGGCUGCUAAUAGCACAGUGAAUGGAGCAGAUUCGGGCCCACGGUCAGGCUCUUGCUCGGCCUCCAGUGGAGCAGACGUUCAGGUGCCUUCUAGCUCCUGCAGCCCUGCUCGCGAUCACGUCGUCAACGGCGACACGACGCCCACCUCCACGCCAGCCCACCAGCGCCUGGACAGUGACCCGUACGCCACAAUGGUGAACGGGGAGUCCAGCGAGGCUGCAGCUGGAAGCGACGUGUCUCCCCCUGCUGAGGGCUGCCCUCAAGACGCCGGCCCUUCCGACUCAGAGGCGGCAGUAAACAACACAUCCUCCCAGUCCCUGACUGCCCGCUCGCCUUCCCCGACCACGUCUUUCGCUGCUAAACCGGCCGAUAGCGGUGCUGAUGCUUCCACCGCUGCUGCCGCCACCACCUCCUCCACCACCUCCACCUCUUCCACCCAGGGGGCCGCCACCGUCACAGCGUCCAGCUCUUCGACCUCUUCCGCCCCAGCUCCAGCAGAAGCGAGCGCGCCGGGAGCCGGUGGCGGUGGCAGCGGCACGGCGACGACCACAGAUGGGGUCAAACCCAGGCAACAGGCGCCCAACGCCGCGGCCUCGGAUCCCCUCCCCCCAGGGUGGGAGCAGAGAAAAGACCCUCAUGGGAGAACGUAUUACGUAGACCACAACACAAGGACGACUACCUGGGAAAGGCCGCAGCCACUACCACAAGGAUGGGAGCGGCGGGUGGACGAUCGGGGCAGGAUCUACUAUGUGGACCACAACACCCGCACCACCACUUGGCAGCGUCCCACUAUGGAGUCCGUUCGCAACUUUGAGCAGUGGCAGAGCCAGCGGAGCCAGCUGCAGGGAGCUAUGCACCAGUUUAACCAGAGAUACCUCUACUCUGCAUCCAUGAUGUCUGCUGAGAAUGAUCCUCUUGGCCCGCUACCUCCUGGUUGGGAGAGGCGUGUGGACUCCAAUGACAGAGUGUACUUUGUCAAUCACAAUACAAAGACAACACAGUGGGAAGAUCCGCGAACCCAAGGGCUACAGAAUGAGGAUCCUCUGCCUGAGGGUUGGGAGAUCCGGUACACAAGGGAAGGGGUUCGCUACUUUGUGGAUCACAACACCCGAACCACGACUUUCAGUGACCCACGCACUGGGAAGUCCUCUGUCACCAAGGGGCCUCAGAUUGCGUACGAGCGCAGCUUCCGGUGGAAGCUCGCCCAUUUCCGCUACUUGUGCCAGUCUAAUGCGCUCCCCAGCCACGUGAAGAUCAACGUUUCCAGACAGACUCUGUUUGAAGACUCUUUUCAGCAAAUUAUGGCUCUCAAACCUUAUGACUUGAGGAGGAGGCUGUAUGUUAUCUUCAGAGGGGAGGAAGGUCUGGACUACGGCGGCUUAGCCCGGGAGUGGUUCUUCUUGCUGUCGCACGAGGUGCUGAACCCCAUGUACUGCUUGUUCGAGUACGCCGGAAAGAGCAACUACUGUCUGCAGAUCAACCCGGCCUCGGCCAUCAACCCCGACCACCUCUCCUACUUCUGCUUCAUCGGCCGCUUCAUUGCAAUGGCACGUCUCCCUAAAUUAAAAGCUUUCUCAAAUCCGCAGGCACUUUUCCACGGCAAAUUCAUCGACACCGGCUUCUCCUUGCCGUUCUACAAACGCAUGCUGAACAAGAAGCUGAUACUCAAAGACCUGGAGUCCAUUGACCCGGAAUUCUACAACUCACUUAUAUGGAUCAGGGACAACAACAUCGAGGAAUGUGGGCUGGAGAUGUACUUCUCAGUAGACAUGGAGAUCUUGGGGAAGAUCACUUCUCAUGACCUCAAACCCGACGGCACCAACGUCCUGGUCACCGAGGAGAACAAGGAAGAGUACAUCAGUUUAAUGGCAGAGUGGAGGUUCUCGCGCGGGGUCGAAGGCCAAACCAAAGCGUUCCUGGAUGGAUUCAACGAGGUGGUACCGCUCCAGUGGCUCCAGUACUUUGACGAAAAGGAGCUCGAGGUGAUGCUGUGUGGCAUGCAGGAAGUCGACCUACAGGACUGGCAGAGAAAUACGGUGUAUCGUCACUACACCAGAAACAGCAAACAGAUCAUCUGGUUCUGGCAGUUGGUGAAAGAAGUGGACAACGAAGUCCGACUGCGGCUCAUGCAGUUUGUCACGGGAACCUGCAGGCUUCCUUUGGGCGGCUUCGCUGAACUCAUGGGAAGCAACGGGCCUCAGAAGUUCUGCAUUGAGAAAGUGGGGAAGGACACAUGGCUUCCUCGUAGCCAUACCUGCUUCAACCGGCUGGACUUGCCUCCAUACAAAAGCUACGAACAGCUGAAAGAAAAGCUGCUAUUCGCCAUCGAGGAAACCGAAGGAUUCGGCCAAGAGUAGAGGGACGAGUCCGCGUGCGUUUCCCUCCAUUAUGCCCUCGCUCUUUAUUCAGCCAUUAAAAACAAACUAAAACAAACACACACAAAAAAAAAAUUGCACAAGAUAACCACCAAUGUAUAUAAGCUAUUUUGUCAUCAAACACCAAAUCCUAAUUUGCACCCCCCCGCCCCCCAUAUAUUACAUAACCCCCCC